GGAUAUUGAAAAUAGCAUGGCCUUUGUGUAAGCGCGUUGUUUCGUUUUAGUUCACAAAUAUGGUUCUUGAGCAUCAGUUUCUGAGAGGGUGUCUUUCUGCUUCAGAAUAUAUUCAUUUCCGAGGAUUUUAAAGCUCCAACACUACAGAGUUUAAAUCACCUUUGUAAUAUUGUGGAAUUUAUAGGGGCAAUCAACAACUAUGGCUUUUUAUGAAGACCUUAAAGCCACUCUACCUUGCGUUACCCAGUCUAGUCCACUUAAUUGGAUUGAUUGUCAGUCGACCGACACUUAUCCCACUGAUGUUUACCGUGGUGAUAUAACCUUUUCAAAUUUAUUCUCAGAAGAUAUUCUAGUACAUUCAUCUACUAAUGUCCAUCCAGUUAUAUCUUCUGCUGCUGCUGCUACUGACGACGGCGAUGAUGAUGAUGGUGAUGCGAAUAUGUUAUGUACACUUCAACGUGGAACAUGUAAUAAAAGCAUGGAUACAAAUCUGUCAGAGUGUGAUCAUAGUAAAAAAUGUCGAUCAUAUUCAGAAUAUGAAUUAUUCCCAAUUAAAUUACGUCAUUAUGAUGAUGAAGAUUAUAAAAGUCAUCGUCAUUCAUUGUAUCCAAGUAAGCAUCAGCCGGGCAAACAUUUAAUAUCUCGUAAAUGUCGUCGUAUUAAAGAACAGUUUUUAACCAUACGUGAAACAGAUAAAACAAAUAAUAAUAAUAAUUUUUCAUCAAACAAUAAUUUAUUUAACCCAUUGCCCUGUGAAAAUUCAACAGAUCUCUUAUCCUCCAUACCUAUUGAAAUUGAUGAACAAAAUACAGAACCAUUUAUUACAAACUUAAUUUCCAGUGAUUAUUCUCAUUCAAAUGAUGAAAUGAGUACAACACCAAUAACUUAUGAAACAAAUGAACAGUUUGCGACAAGAACAAGAACAACUAUUAUACAUAAUGAUGACGAUAAAUAUUCAAUCAUCUCUGUAAUGAAUAGUUAUCAGUUAGAUCCAGCUAGUCCAUCAUUGGCUGAUAAAGCCUGUACUCUAUCCCAGCUGGCUAAAAGUCGUCGUUACAUAAUCGAUUCAUGGUGUAUUCUACCUGUGAGUAAUCAAAAAAUUCAUUCCAAUAUCUUUUUAUCAAAUGAUACAAUAUUAGGCAAACAUUCACCUUCGUCUGCCUCGCCUUCCGCCUAUUCUUCCUGGUCCUCCGCCUCCUCCUCACCAUCAUCGUCUUCAUCACCAGCAUCACCAUCGCCAUCAUCACUAAUCUCAUCUCUGUCUGCAUUGAAUGUAAACUGUGAUUCUUCAAUUUAUAGAAGUUCUUUAAACUUGUUAAAAUCAUCCAGCUCUUCCUAUAUUCAUUAUCGUGAUCAUCCAAUGAAUUCGUUAGAUCAUAUUAGAAAAAUUCGAAGAAGAAGUAAACGACGUAUUCGCCCACUGAGUUCAUUUUUCCAGCCAAGUUUAACUAAAGUUAGUGAAGAAGGCUCAUCUAUAUCGUCGUCUACAGAUAGUGGAUCAGAUUCACUUCCCUCGGAUACACAACAAGACACUAUCAAAGACAAUAAUAGUAAUGAUUUCAAAGAAUUACAAGAUUUAUUCCCUUCCUCGUCAAUAUCAAUCUACGAUUAUAAGCAGCGGCAUGAUUCCCCUUCAGACUGUCAGUCAAAUCCAUCUAACAAGUCUUUUGAGAUAUCACCUCCUCAAAACUUGCUAUCUUCUAUAGAAACAUCAAAAAUCAAUGACAUUCAGCAUUGUGGUGACACUGCUGAUCCAAUUACUCAACACUAUGAUGGAGAAUUAAACAAACCCUUGGAAGUGACAACUCAUAAUUUAAAUCAAAACAAUUCCUAUGAUAAUAAUGAUGAAAAUAAUCGUGAUGUAAUGGUUGAUACUAUCGCAGGUGAUCACGUCAUAAGCAAUAACUGUGAUAAUGAUGCGACUGAAGGUGACAAAAGUAGUCGUGAGCUGUUUCCCAGCAUAUAG